AUGUCGGGUUGGGCGUCUAAGUUGACCUCCUUGGGUCAUUCCAAGUCUGAGGACAAGGACGAAACAUCGCUCACCACGCUUCUCGACGCAGACCAAUGCGCGGAUCUGACCUUCUUGAUUGCAACUAUCACAGCAUCUAUGCGACAGUCCCUGGUCGAUACCUAUACCGCCGAGGAAUUUCCAAUCGACCCAAAGACCGCCAAAUCAGAGGAAGAAAUACUGCAAGACGCGCCCUCCAACCUCGACGAUGUCGAUGUUGCCAAGGAAGACAAGAUCAAGAAAGAGAGGCAAGCACGUGAAGAAGAUGCGAGGAAAGAGCUCGCACAGCCUGAAGUGCAAGAGCUGAAGCAGGAGAUGUUGAAGUACUUUGAUGGUUGGCGAGGUAGCGUCAUCAGCAGAAUCGGCGAGGUAGUCAACUCGAAAGAAAAGGCCAAAGAGCAGACACGUCAGGUCGAAGGCAAGGAAGUCAAACAAAUCACGAAGAAAUCUGAGACUGGUCUGAAGAGCAUCAAGAAGCUCGACGAGAAGGAUGAAGACGAGGACAAAAUGUUCAACGAACUGUAUCCACCUGUUCCCAACGCCCUCACUCAGUUAGAGGAGAGCAAGCGAGCACUCAUACUACAUUCGCUAGUGCUUAUACUUCUGAGUCUGGAGCACUACUCGGCACAUUCUCGCGUCCUGAAUCUCUACCUCACAAGUUCUCUCGGGCUGAGUAGAGCCGUCCUGAAGAAAGACGAGGAGACUGUUGCUCAGGGUCUUUUGGAGGCAGCAUCUCAGCAACUGAAUGCUGAUGCCGAGACGAAGGAAGCGGCCGAAAAAUCGCAGAAUGCUCGUAAAUGGAAGGUUGGCCUUGCUGGUGUUGCUGGUGCCGCGUUGAUCGGUGUCACUGGUGGGCUUGCUGCACCGCUCCUUGCCGCGGGCGUUGGAAGUGUCAUGGGUGGGAUCGGUCUGGGUGCUACCGCAGCUGCAGGAUAUCUGGGUACCCUUGCUGGUUCUUCCGUUCUUGUGGGCGGGCUGUUCGGUGCAUACGGUGCGAAGAUGACUGGACGAGCCAUGGACGACUACGCCCGACAAGUCGAGGACUUCGCGUUCAUUCCCAUUCAUCGUAAUCAGGAUCCGAGGAAACAGGACAACGAGUCUCGUCGCCUACGUGUCGCGAUCGCCGUCUCUGGUUGGCUCCGCGACCCUGAAGAGGUGUCAAAGCCAUGGAGAUACAUUAGUACAGGGACAGAAGGCUUCGCACUUCGUUGGGAGCUUGAAGCCCUUCUCAAGCUCGGACACAGUCUCGAGACAUUCGUGACUAGUGCUGCUUGGGGUUACGCAAAGAAGAAGAUCAUUGAGCAGACUGUCUUCGCUGCGAUGACGGCUGCAAUGUGGCCACUGGGCUUGCUGAAGAUUGCGACUUUGCUGGACAACCCGUUUUCGAAAGCCAAAUAUCGCGCCGAGAAGGCUGGUGAGGUCCUCGCAGAUGCACUGAUCAAUAAAGUCCAAGGCGAACGACCGGUCACUCUUGUUGGCUACUCUCUCGGCGCACGUCUGAUCUUUUCCUGCCUUGAGAAGCUGGCUGAGCGCAAGGCUUUUGGACUUGUCGAGAACGUCGUCCUCGUCGGCGCUCCAUGCCCUUCCGACGUUGCCGAUUGGCGGCGUAUUCGUUCUGUAGUGAGUGGCCGUUGUGUCAACGUCUUCUCCAAGUCCGACUACAUCCUUGGCUUCCUCUACCGCACAUCCUCUAUGCAACUUGGCGUCGCGGGUCUGCAGCCCGUCGUCGGCGUACAUGGCGUUCAGAACGUUGACGUCAGCGACAUCGUGGACGGUCACCUCCAAUACCGCUUCAUCACAGGUUCGAUACUUCGCAAGAUCGGCUUCGAAGACGUCGACAUCGAAGAAGUCGAGCGUGCAGAGGCAGAUCUAGCAAAGGAGAAGAAAAAGCAAGAGGAGGAGAGGGCGAAGAAUGAAGGUAGGAAGGGGGAAGAUAACGAGGAGAAAGAGAAAGAGGAGCUGGAGCAGGCUGUCGAGAAGAAGCAAGAGCAAAGCUGGAUGCAGGUCACGCAGCAAAAGAUGAAGGGUUUGGACAUCGGUGGAUUCGUCAAGGGUCUACCGGGAAAGGUGGCUCCAGAGUAUGGAGCGGAGAAGACGGCGAAGAAGCAUACGGGAGAUUUCAAGGAUACGAAGUAG